AGCACAUGGGAACCGGAAGAAAACGUGGCGUGCCAUGAGUUGAUUGCGGAAUUCGAAAGAAAACGUGCCAAGACUGAGAAAAAGGAGCCCUCUACUUCGACCGAGAAACGCGAAGAAAAACAGCUACAUCGCAUCAUAGGUCUGACUGACUCACCUGGAGAACUGCAUUUCCUUAUUAAAUGGAAAGAUCAUACUGCCGAUCUUGUACCUGCCAAAGAAGCGAAUGUGAAGUCAGUUUCAAAAAAAUUUGAUUCGGACGUUUUUGGGUUCAAUCCCAUUUAUUUGUUAGUCAUUGAAAAUGAAAAUUCAACAACUAUAAUAGUAUCACAAGAGCUUUCUACAUCCAUCUCUACAAUCUCAACAUCAGGAAAAUCUCGUGCAAGUGUAGAUGUGCUUCCAACUUCUCCAAUGAUUCUAGACAGAGUAGGCACUGGGACAAUUUUCAUACUAGGUAUAUCCAGUUCAGUUUAUUUAGCAGUAGUAACUAGCAUGUUAAUCUACAAUGAAAUCAACAGGUGUAGAAGCACGCCGCAGUGCCAUAUGGGCGGAGCGAAACGUUGUUCAUCGCAUAAUUCUUUUCAAAGAUUCUUCUUUCCUUUAGUAGUUGAAGAGGCUUACCUCGUACUUGGAGAUAACAUGCUUGAGACGGGAGGGAUCUGGGUGGUCCAGAAUGCCUUCAAACUAAAAUUUGGGCUUAAAAUUUUUUCCACUAGCCAAGGUAAAGUAUCCGAACUCCGCAAUGUGGUUUGACU